AUGGUCCCUCCCGUGCUGCUGACCGAAAAGUACCGAAUCGAAAACUGUGGUGGUCAGAACCGUACCUGCAAACGGCCACCACAUACGCCCCAAGACGCCUUCGAGUGGGCGGGUUUCAGCUCCGCCGGUUUCCUCGAGACACCCUUCAUGCUCUCAAGUGUUCUUCGUAGCCGCAGCGCGGAUGAUCUGCCCCACCACCAUCCAAUGUUGCCCACCAGCCGGUUGCGACGAUCUCAUCUCUCGUCUCCAGCUUUCGCGCCCAACUUGGGUGAGGAGGAGGAGGAGGAGGAGUCGAGCCUGCGAGCCUACCUACCCAUCCUCUCCGGCUCCGGUAUCCUCGCCGUCUCUUCGGAGACACUACUCUUCGGAGGCCACUCGAAUGUGGUUAACGCGGCCCAGUUCCCCCACGAUGAUGUGUCCAUCACAUCCUUCUAG